AUGCAAGAAUCGUCUUCUCAAUCUCAAAUCGUUUUUACAUUAAAAGAGGAGAAAGAAGCUGUUCAGAUCAUAUUAUCACAACUCAAUCUAUUAAUUAUCAAUUUAUCAAACGAGAAUUCUGUCUCUACUGCCAAACAGAUCAAAUUUCUCUUAAGCAAGUCUUCAAUUACCGUUUACGUCAAGUUUUGGAAGAAACUUAUCUUACUUUGUUCUAGUGAUAUUAAGAACAAAACUACUCGCACAGCUGAAAAGCAACCACUAAUCGAUUUACUCUUUGAUCUUUUCAGUCGUUUACCUGAUUAUAGCGAAGAUCUUCUCGAUAUUUUAAGAAAAGAAAUAUUUUGUAAUAGAGAAUUUGGAACACAAUCAAAUUUAAGUCUUCUAGAUUAUAUCGAGUUUUGUAAUCAUAACUCUGCUAUUACGGAAACUCUCGACCCAACACUCCCUAUAAAUAGACUAAAAGAAAUCGAAAAAUCCAAAAUGAAUAACUCAAAAUAUUUAGAAACAUUUCUAUCACAAUCCUCUGUGGAUACUAUGGAAACGCAACUUAAUGACUUAUUCUUGUCAUUAUCUGGUGAAAGUCUAAAUGAAAUGGUAGCAUUAUUACUUUCUGAAGUCUUAUCUCCCGGUUCUCAGAAAUUACAAGAGCGUUCAGAAAAUAGUUGGUUCACUCCAUCAUCCGUCAUAGAUGCCACUCAGAGAGGUCAACAAAUUUCUAAUUCUUUAAAAAGGGUUUAUCAGGAUAUUGUCAACUGGAAUCGUGUAUUUAAUUUAAUGUCCACCAAAUAUUUCCUGACCACUCCAUUAAAACCAACUACUGCUUCAUUAAGUUCAUUUUUUGCAUCAUUAAAAUAUGGUUAUCUAAUUGAUCAAUUUUUUGGCUGUGAUUGGAAUAUAACAUUUAAAUUAACUCUAACUAUUCAAUUGCAUGAUUGGUCACCACAACAAACUGGAUGUUUCGAUCUUUUAAAUGUACCAGAUAUGAAAAGAGUCUCUGAGAAAAUUCCAAAUUCCAAAAAUUCAUUACUUUAUCUAUUGUCUAUUUCUACAUUAGAUCUUGAACUUUUUUUAUUAAGAGAUGAAUUAGUUAAUAAUCCAAUGUUAUCUUACUAUCAGAAAUGUUUCUUUGAAGAUUUCAAUUUGGUUCCAGAAUACUUAUAUCUAGCUUUAAUCAAUAAUAUGAAACAUUUCACUUUGUUAAUUGAAAAUAAAAAUACAAUUAACGAGAUUAUUAUCACUUUGUUGGUUCAAGUGUUUGAAAAAUCGCCUGUAGUGUUAGGUGAACUUCUAAACAUUUUACCUUCAAAAGAUAAGCUAUUAUCAGAUGUCGGUAGAGCCAUCAUAGAGAGAAAAGAUGCGCCAGUUGGUAACUUCAUCAAACUAUUGCAUGAACAAGAUAAAUUAGACGAUUUUUUGAACAAGCUCAAUUUCUCAGAGUCAUUUCCCAUUUUACCCGCUGCACUUAAAGUUGGAUGGGUAGGUUUCAAACAGUUCAUGGAAUCUAAUAUAAAUAUCAAUACAGCACCAAUUAUUAUUGAUUCCCUAGAAGCACAAACUAAGAUGACUGACGAUAAUACCACAUUCCGUUCUUCUAAAACUUUUGAUUUAGAAUCUUUGCAUUUCCUCAUCACUCUAUUGAUGAAUUUACCUCUCAGCGGGAAUGUAUUGGAGAACUUUGAAUCAUUAGAAUAUUCAAUAAUACUUUCUUUUCCAAGGAUUAUCAAUUAUGGUAAUGGACACGACAAAGCAAUUCUUGCAAAUGGUGAAUUUACACCAAUCAACUCUGAUGUUGAAAAAGAAAUGCAAUCGUAUCUACAAAAAAUGUACAGUGGGGAUAUGGCCAUUAAAGAUGUCGUUGACAUUUUGAGAAAGUUAAAAGAUAGUGAUGACCCAAGAGAUCAAGAUGUUUUCGCUUGUAUCACUCAUGCGAUUCUCGGUGAAUGUACUUUUUUCAAAGAUUAUCCAUUGGAAGCUCUAGCGACAACAUCGGUUCUGUUUGGUUCCAUGAUACUUUUCCACCUAUUAAACGGUUUUGUGUUAGAUGUUGCAUUACGAAUUAUAAUCAAUUUCGCUAAAGAAGGACCAGACUCUAAGAUGUUCAAAUUUGCUAUUCAGGCGCUGUACGCCUUUAGGAUCCGUUUAUCUGAUUUCCCUGGUUAUUGUAAGGAUUUCAUUGAACAAGUUCCUGGUUUACAAGCCCAAUCUCAGAUUUAUAAAUUCAUCUUAGAUGGUUCUAAGGCUGAGAGGAGAUCACCAUCUUCUGAGAGUGAUAAUCAAAAGAAUCAAAAAGUUGAAUUAACCAAUCCCAGAUACUUUAAUGUUAGUGAAUGGCAACCCCCUGUUGCACAAGAUAUUCCACCGAAGGAAACAACUGAAAAAGUGUUAUUUAUUGUUAACAACUUAACCAUGGACAAUUUUGAUAAAAAAAGAGAUGAUUUGAAAAACUUUUUGAAACCAAGUUACUAUGCUUGGUUUUCAAAUUAUUUGGUUAACCAGAGAGCCAAAACUGAACCCAAUUAUCACAAAUUGUACAGCAAGAUUUUAACCAGUGUUAACUCUCGCUCCUUGUAUGAAUGCAUGGUCAAUACUACUUUAAAACAACUUUUCUUUUUCAUCGCUGUGAAGAAUACACAGUCUGUUGAUAAGAAGCUCCUUAAGAACCUGGCAUCGUGGCUUGGUAGUAUUACUCUAGCUAUUGACAAACCAAUCAAAUAUAGAAACAUCGCAUUUAGAGAACUUUUGAUUGAUUCGUAUAAAGAAAACAGAUUGGACAUUAUUGUACCUUUUGUCUGUAAAGUAUUAAUGUGUGCCAGUGACUCUAAAAUAUUCAAACCACCAAAUCCAUGGACUGUGGGUAUUCUAAAAGUACUCUUAGAGUUGAAUGAGAAGGCUAACUGGAAAUUAAGUUUAACUUUUGAAGUAGAAGUUUUAUUCAAAGCAUUGAAUAUAUCCAUGAAGGAAUUGAAACCUUCCAAUUAUAUUGAGGUUUCAGAUGCAGUGGAAACAUUAGCUGGGAACCUUGGUACUAUGUCUUUGGAGCAACAACAGAUUGAACACCAAAGACAAGUGGUAUUACUUCAACAACAUCAACAGCAUAUGUUAAUGUACCAGCAAAGACAGCAGCAGCAACAAAGAAUGCUUGCUGAUCAAACUUCAUUCGCACCAGAUGCCAAUAUUACUGGCGCAAUUGCUACCGGUACACCAGGAGGUUUACCUAGCACGAUUAAUUCCAAUAUUUCGGCUGCCACAGUUACCGCAACUUCAAGCACGAAUUCCAAUGAAGUUCCUUUCAAUAACUUGUCGGGAACAACUGUUUUUGCUACACAUCCAGACCUAAAACGUGUCUUCCAGAUGGCACUGGCUAAAUCAGUUAGAGAAAUUUUAAUUCCGACAAUUGAAAAAUCUUCUGGUAUUGCUGUAAUUGCCACAGUAAAAAUCAUUACAAAGGAUUUUGCUACCGAACUUGACGAGCUAAAAUUAAAAGCAGCAGCUGUUAAUAUGGUUAGACAUCUUGCUCAAAGUUUUACUCGUGCAACAACGAUUGAUCUUUUAAAGGAAACAAUUCGUAAUACUACCCAGUCAUUAGCCCCUAAUUUGAUGAACUCGACAUCCGCUCCAUUGGAGGAACUUGAUAUUGCUAUUAAUGAUAAUGUCAACUUGGGAUUAGCUUUAAUCGAGAAAGCUGCUAUGGAUAAAGCAGUUCAAGAUAUUGGUGAACAACUCAUGCAAGCCGUCGCAGUACGUAGAUAUCAUAAGGAAAGAAGAUCGGAUCAGCCAUUCUUAAGUCCAAAUGCAAAUAUUCACUCCUUGUCUUUGCCUGAACCACUUGGUCUUAAGACAGCUGGUGUCACACCACAACAAUUCAGAAUAUAUGAGGACUUUGCCAAGUCAGGUGCCAACACAGAAGGAGAUAAUAUGUCAGCUCAAAAUCAGGCUCAUAUUAUGAAUCAGCAGGGCAAUGCACCAAAUGCUCCACAAUCAUUGGUUCAACAGCAACAGCAGCACCAGCAACAGCAGGCCAUCCAACCACAUAUUUCUCAGCCAGAAAACAUGGCGCAACUUCAGACACAACAGCCCCAAGCACAAGGGCCUAUUCAGCAAGGUGGAGUCACAAAUGCUGCCCCAACUGAACUAGAGCAGAACCAUCGUAUUUUGGUUCAUUUGAUGGAUAUUUUGGUUGCACAAAUAAAGGAAAAUACUGAUAAGCAGGCUUUGAUUGAAUUGGGUGAACAGAAUGAAUUGAAAAAUAUCAUAUACCAGAUUUUAACAUUCAUUGCCAAAAAUCCGCAAAAGGAUCAGUUGGCCUUAAAAGUUUCACAGGCUGUUGUCAACAGUCUUUUUGCCACUAGCGAAAGUUCGUUGUGUAGAGAAGUCCUUUCACUACUAUUAGAAAAGCUAUGUUCGCUCUCUAUUGUUGCCAGAAAAGAUGUUGUAUGGUGGUUGGUUUAUGCAUUGGAUAGCAGAAAAUUUGACGUUGCUGUCAUAAGAUCUUUGCUUAAGGUUAAUUUGAUUGAUGCUGCUGAACUAGAUAAUGUCUUGGUUACAGCUAUGAGAAAUAACAUGGAGAAUGCCGUCACAUUUGCCAUGAAUUUGUUGAGAGAUGUUGUGCUAUCAGAUAAACCAAUUUUGAUGAGAAUGGACUUUAUCCGUACCUUAGAGUACCUAAGCAUUUUGGAUGACGAUAAUGUCAAACAAUUCUUGCAGGAAUACAAUCAAGUAAAAAUUCUACCAAUUUCCAAGAACAUCGCCGUGACUGUGAAUGAGAAGUAUAGUCUAGUCUUUACCGAGUGGGUCAAACUAUUACAAAAAGUGGACAUCGAGGAUAGUGUUGUCUUAAUAUUUAUCAAACAGAUGAUGGACAAGGGUAUUUUAUCUGAAAGUGAUAAUAUGAUUAAAUUUAUGAAAUGUGCAUUGGAACUAUCUGUUUCAUCUUUCAAAGAAAGCGACCCAACAGGAGAAGUUUUUACUGCAAUUGAUGCUUUAGGAAAAUUGAUUAUAAAAUUACUUAUCUUCCAAGAAUUUUCCGAUUACUAUAGAGGAGAUUUCUUGAACACUAUCUACUCUACCAUUUUGCUCGUUUUUGCCGAAGAUCACGAACAAGAAACUUUCAAUGAAAGACCAUACUUUAGAUUAUUAUCCAAUUUGUUCUAUGAAUGGAGUAACAUUCGCGGUCAUAAAUUCAGUAGUAUCAAAGAUGUGAAGAUAAGAAAAGAAUUGUAUACUUUCGACAUUGAGUUUUACAAUAUUUCUGCUACGUACUUACAUUCUUUCCAACCUUUUGCUUUCCCAGGCUUCUCAUUUGCUUGGGUGUCGUUGAUAUCUCAUAGAAUGUUCCUCCCACAAAUUUUGAGAUUACCAGACAAAAGUGGUUGGGAAAAACUAACGUUAUUGAUUAUUGAUUUAUUUAAGUUUUUGGACCAAUACACAAAGAGAGGAAUAGUAUCCGAUGCAAUUUCCGUUGUUUAUAAGGGUACAUUGCGUGUUAUUUUGGGUAUAUCGAAUGAUGUUCCUGAUUUCUUGAUAGAAAAUCACUAUGAGCUAAUGAAUAACCUACCAGCAACAUACUUCCAGUUGAAGAAUGUUAUUCUGUCUUCAAUUCCUAAGAAAAAGAUUGUACCAAACCCAUACGAUCCAAAUCUAAAUAUGGCAGAUGUGGAACUGUGUCAACAGAAACCAUCCAUCUUUUAUGACCCUGUGAAAGACCUACAAUCAUUAAAGAAACCAGUAGAUAACUACCUACGUAUUCCAUCAAACUCCCUCCUAAAGGCCAUUUUGAACGGGCUUUAUAGAACAGAAUAUGAUGUUAAGAUAGGUGUUGGUUACGAUUAUUUAAGCAUUGACAAUAAGUUAGUACGCGGUGUUGUCCUCCAUGUAGGUAUUGAGGCAGGCUUAGAAAACGAGAGAACGUCAUCCAGUGCCGUAUUCAAUACUAAGUCUUCAUAUUACACUCUAUUAUACAAUUUGAUAAACGAAGGCAGUACUGAGUUGAGAUAUCAGAUUCUCCAAGUAAUGUUGGAACAACUAAGAUAUCCAAAUAUACACACAUAUUGGUUUUCUUAUGUUCUGCUAAAUAUGUUUACUUCCAAAGAGUUCGGUUCUAAUAUUUCUGAAAUCCAGGAAAUUAUGCUAAGAUGUCUAUUGGAAAGAGUAAUCGUUAACAAACCACACACAUGGGGUAUCAUUGUUUUCUUCACUCAACUCUUACAAAACAAGGAAGUGAACAUACUGGAAUUGGAUUUCAUCAAGAACAUCCCAGAAAUAGAAAAUAUCCUCGAGCAAUCCGUCAAACACACUUCUAGGACAGCUACAGAAGAUGCUGUCGCUUUGGCUGCCGAGCAAAAGAUAACUUCAGAGACCACUUAA